AUGAAAUCUUUCUUGGUGUGUUUCUCCCUCGUCGCCCUGGUGGCCUUCGUUGCCGCUAUGCCACAACAACGUGAAGGUGCCGCCUACACCAACGAAGCCAUCCGCCAGGCCCAACAGACUUUCCUCAUUCCCAAGGAUGCCCAAAUCCAAAACGUGCAAGAAGGUAUUGAAUUGGGUGCCUAUGAACAGAUUCCCGGCAAUCAACGUAUCAACCUCUUCGAAAUUUUGGGUGACCAAGUACCCUCGGAGGUCAUCAACAACUUGCAAUCUCAAGUCGAUCAAAUUGGUCGUAACUAA